AUGUCCGAAAUUGAAAAUGCAAUAGUUAUAACCAUUACAAAUGAAAGGCAAAAAAGCCGGAAUCGUAAAUUCCCAGGCCAAGUUGAAACAGCGACCGAUGCUAAGAAAAAUAUAUUAAGACCAGUUUUUGAGCACUACAUCAACGUUGAUCUCUCCCACUUGGUUAAAGCCAUACUUCCUUCGAAAAUCGGCCCAAUCCUUGGAGAUUUAUACUUUCCGCUUUAUGAAGAACAGUGA